UUUUCUAAAUUAGUUUUUUCUAUUAAUUCCUCUAAAAUGGCACAAAAGAAGGUGACUAUUAUUGGAUCUGGAAAUUGGGGUUCAGCUAUUGCACGGUUUCUUUCUGAUAAUAUCUUUAAACCUUUAGUCUUUAGAAUUAUCGGAAACACCGUUGUUCAGCACAGCACCACAUUCCAAACGCGAGUGCCGAUGUGGGUGUUCGAAGAGUUGGUUGAUGACAAAAAGCUUAGCGAAAUUAUCAACACUGAACAUAUCAACGUUAAGUAUCUGCCUGGAAAGAAAUUGCCAGAGAACAUUGUUGCCGUUCCUGAUCUUCUUGAGGCUACAAAGGAUGCUGAUAUUCUCGUCUUUGUCGUUCCCCACCAAUUUGUUGAGAAGCUUUGUAAUCAAUUGAAAGGAAACGUCAAAAGCAGCGCUGUAGCAGUUUCUUUAAUAAAAGGACUUUCUGGCAAGUCUACAAGCUCAAAACUUCGUUUAAUCUCUGAGGACAUUAGUGAGACUCUGGGUAUUGAUGCUGCGGUUUUGAUGGGGGCGAAUCUGGCACCUGAAGUGGCUAAUGAUAAUUUCUGCGAGGCAACAAUUGGGAGCAAAAAUCUCGCUACAGCAAUUGAACUCAAAAAACUUUUCCACACAGACAAUUUCCGAAUUAAUAUUGUUCAAGACUUUCAAACUGUGGAAAUUUGUGGGGCUUUGAAGAAUGUUGUUGCGUGUGCUGCAGGUUUUUCUGAUGGCUUGGGAUAUGGAGACAAUACAAAGGCAGCAAUAAUCCGCCUUGGUUUGAUGGAAAUGAUGCGUUUUAUUGAAUAUUUCUAUCCAAAUACUCGAAUCAAAACUUUCUUUGAAUCUUGUGGUAUUGCUGAUUUGGUAACUACUUGUUAUGGAGGAAGGAACCGAAAAGUUUGCGAAGCCUUUGCGAAAACUAAACGACCAUUGUACGAGUUGGAAGCUGAACUUCUCAAAGGACAAAGCGCUCAAGGCCCGUUGACUGCUGCGGAGCUUUAUGAUGUUAUUAAGACACGGGAUUUGCUUAAAAUGUUCCCAUUAUUCGAAGCUGUUCACAAUAUUUGUAUUGGACAAGUGCCUGUUGAGGAAUUUAUUGGAAAAAUUCGAAAUCAUCCGGAAUAUGAAGACCGUUCUAAUGCUGAAUUUCAUUAG